CAAGGCCCUGGAGCGAGACUUCCUGCCCGGGUGCCUCACCCCCUGGGGGAUUCGGACUCUCGCGGGGCCGGCCCCGCCCCCAGGCCCGCGGGGAGUGACCCUGGGGGCGUGACCUUGGGGGCGUGGCCCGGGGCGUGACCCUGGGCGUGUCCCCCCGCAGUCCCAGCCGAGCGCGGCCGAGCGCGCAGGAUGCACCCCGCGGCGACUCUCCGCCGCAGGACGAGGCCCGGGGGGCGCGCGGGGGACGCCACGGCCGCCCCGGGGAACCGCACGGGCAGCCCAGCGCCUCUCUCCUGCAUCAUGCUAAGCAAGGGAAUCCAGACAAAGAGCACGUGCGCACAAGUGCAGCCGCCCCCGCGGGGCACGCUCCAGCUCCUUCGUGGUGAUGGCGCUUCUGUGGGGACUGUCAUCGUGUUCCACUGCCCCUCAGGCCACCAGAUGGUGGGGUCCGGCCUCCUCACCUGUACCUGGAAGGGGAGCAUUGCUGAGUGGUCUUCAGGGACCCCUGUGUGCAAGGCCGUGCCUCCCUCCGAGACCUUCGGCUUCAGGGUGGCUGUGAUUGCCUCCAUCGUCAGCAGUGCCAUCAUCCUGCUCAUGUCCAUGGCCUUCCUCACUUGCUGCCUCCUGAAGUGCGUGAAGAGGAGUGAGCAGCGGCGCUCAGACAGGGCGGCCCAGCUGUGGCUCCAGCUGAGAGAGGGGGACUUGGAGACCGUGCAGCCCGCCUACCUCGGUCUCAAGGGCCUGAGAAACAACAGCGGUGGUGGCGGGGAGCUGGGGAGCCGGCAUGGCCAGGCGCACGACAACCACAGCUUCACCACAGACAUCAGUGAGGGCACCAGAGAGCUGGCCGGCGUGGCCUGUGGCGUGGACAAGGACCCCUGGGCCCCCAGUGGCCCCGCUGACUCACCCUACACCCAGGUGAUGGUGCACACGGUGUACCCAGGGCAGAGGCUGCCUGCCUCCAGGCCCACCUCAAGGAUGCCCAGACAGCCCGCCACCUACAUCCCAGGGUGACUGAAGCCGAGGCCGGAGCUUGCCCUGCACAAUGGAGGGCCACACCAGCCCCACCAGCCCCACCAGCCCCACCAGCCUGCUGCCUGCAUCUCGACAUGUCUCCAGCUCCAGAUGGGUCAGUGAAAGCAGCUUCCGGGUUUAGGGAUCCCACCGGGUGCCGAGCUGGGACCCCGGCUGGGAUGCCCUGUCCCGAGGGAGCCCAGCUGUAGCAGUUUUUAUAGGCAGGCUUGAAGCCGGUGAGGGUCACAGAACCGCUGCCCUCCCUCUGCCCAGGCUCCUUUCCAGAUGCUGGGGACGUUUUAAGCGCAUCUAGUUUUGCAUAGCGAGGGGGAAGGCCACCAACUCCUCCGCAGCGGUCGCAGCUGCCGCCUCGCCCCCUCCCCGGCCCGCCCUCCCGGGGCUGCUGCCUGUGCGCAGGGACCCAGCGGGGUGCCGCACCCUCUCUCUGGAAGUUGUGGUAAGGGGUGUGACAUACGCAGUAAUUUUUCUAAUCCUGAAAAAUACAAAGGUAAAAAUCA